CAGAGAGAAACAGAGAGGAGCGGGGAGUCGUGGAGGCGCAUGUGUGAUGAUGGUGUUGAAGGAGAUUCCAGCAGACAAUAUCACCCGUCCCCUGGGUCGUAAUGAGGUCAUCGGUUUACUCUUCCGCCUCACGAUAUUUGGUGCAGUCACUUAUUUCACUAUAAAGUGGAUGGUGGACGCUAUUGAUCCCACACGAAAACAAAAAGUUGAAGCACAGAAGCAGGCAGAGAAGCUGAUGCGGCAGAUCGGAGUGCAGAAUGUCAAGCUCUCUGAAUACGAGAUGAGCAUUGCAGCCCAUCUGGUGGACCCAUUAACUAUGCAAAUUACAUGGAGAGAUAUAGCUGGUCUAGAUGAAGUCAUUACCGAGCUGAAAGACACAGUUAUUCUUCCCAUCCAGAAGAGGCAUCUCUUUGAAGGGUCAAGACUGCUUCAACCUCCCAAAGGAGUGCUCCUCUACGGUCCCCCUGGCUGUGGAAAAACCCUGAUAGCUAAAGCUACAGCCAAAGAGGCUGGCUUUCGCUUCAUCAACCUGCAGCCCUCUACUCUGACCGACAAAUGGUACGGCGAGUCCCAGAAACUGGCUGCUGCCGUCUUCUCUCUGGCCAUCAAGCUCCAGCCCUCUAUCAUCUUUAUUGAUGAGAUUGACUCAUUUUUAAGAAGCCGCUCCAGCUCGGACCACGAGGCCACUGCCAUGAUGAAGGCUCAGUUCAUGAGUUUAUGGGAUGGGUUAGAUACAGACUUCAACUGCCAGGUUAUAAUUAUGGGGGCCACCAACCGCCCUCAGGACCUAGACUCUGCUAUACUCCGUAGGAUGCCCACAAGGUUCCACAUAAAUCAGCCUAAUAUCAAGCAAAGGGAAGCAGUACUGAAGCUUAUCUUAGAAAACGAGAAUGUGUCGGCUGCAGUGGACCUUUGUGAAAUAGCUAAAGAGACGGAUGGAUUCUCAGGAAGUGAUCUCAGAGAGAUGUGUCGAGAUGCAGCUUUACUGUGUGUACGGGACUUUGUGCACAAUACUGAUCCUGAGGGAAUUCCAGAAGACGACUACAUUCGGCCCAUCCAACAAACAGACCUCCAAAAAGCCAUUGAAAAGAUGAAAAAGUCUAAAUCGGCAGGAGUGCCAAAUAUGUUGAUGCAUCCAGCUCUGGACUGAUUCUUAUACUUCUGGUGGAGGUGAAUUGUUUCUCCUAGAAAUUACUGUUAUUUUUUUGUUGUCGUUUUUCUUCUUUUUUAAAAAUUUACCACAUUGUGCAAUAUGGUUGGCAUAAGGAAACGCUUUGGUUCUGUGCAUAGAAAUAGAAUGUUUAAUCACUUCCUUUGACCUCUCUUUGCACUGUUUGUUCAUAGACACCCCUGUUCUGCUAUUUGCUAAGCUGAAGUUUUCAGUCUGGUCCUCUUGGACAUACUUGCCCAGUAGGGCUGCACAAUAUGGACAAAAUACUAGUAAUAUUACUUAUACUGCUAAAUAUUGCAGUUGUGAAAUGCCUUGCAGUAUAUUAAAAACACAGUAUAGUCUUUAAUGUGACAUGAUUAAAGGGACACUCAAGCUAGACUAGGAAAACCUCCUCCUGAUGAUGUAUCUUAAAGGUGGGAGGAACUUUUGGAAAAUUAUGACUGCUUAAGGGUGGAUUUUUGGGUGCCAUCCAGGAAGUAUUUUUUGUAUUUGAACUCUGAAGCCAGAAGCCAGUUAACAGCUUACUGCUAGGAAAUCACAUUUCAGCUGAUCUGUAAAAGUCCAAAGCAGUUUCGCCCACCUUCAAGAUGCAUCGUCAGAAGGGAGUUUUCCUGGCCUGGCCCAAGCAUUAAAGAAUGGCCUGUAUUAUUUUGACCAAAACAACUUACUUUUGUUGGAUUACAUGAAUACCUUGAUUCAAAUACUUUAUCUAUAUAAAAGUAAACAAAAAAUGUAAACUAUAAGGCUACAUCAGCAGCUGCUUGAAUCUCAUAUCAAAAAGGGGCUACAGAGACUUGUGUUUUCUCCACAGGGCUGAAGUUGGCCUCUUUCGCCAGCUUCUUAUUAAAAUUUUCUGUUCCGGCUUAAACAGGGCAGCAAUAACACGUAACUGCAGCUCCAUUCAAGGUGGAAUGGAACAUUUUAACGAAAAGCUGGCAAACUGUAGCGUCAUUCCGCUAACUGACAGAUUUGGGUGAUGUCUAUACAAGUGAGUUAGCAUAUCUGACGUAUUAGCAUGGGUAUUUGGUUUUUGAGCAGUGUCGGCACACUGUGACCGCUCAAUCUACCACUCUUUGCACAACAUUAUUGUCCUCGACUGAACAGCAGAUCACUCUCUCCUUUGUCAUUUCAAACGACUUGGCUAAUCAACCAUUCGAGGUAGGCCAACCAAACCAGUUUUUUUCUAGUUCAGAGGGCUGCAAAGUGGAUUCAGUUUUAGGAAUAUUGUGGAUUGUGUUAAUAGCAUUAUGGAAACCAUUCCUGGUAUCAGGCAUUUUCUAGCAUGACCUCUAACUGUAUUUGAUUCAAAAAGCAUAUCUCCUGCAACCCCUGUAUUGAAGAAAAUUAAUGUCAUGUAUAUUGUGCCUCCCCUAAUGCACACAGAAAACAGUAAAAUACAUUGUGAUUAAAGGGCUCAUUUGCAUAUGACAGACGUGUUUGAUAUCAGUAUUGUAAAGGCCAAUAUUGUAAACAUUUAGUAUGAUAUUGUGCAGCCCUACUCCUUAACCCACUCUCAUUUUUUCUGUUCAAGCCUCAGACACACCUGAUUCAGGUAAUCAAUGGCGUGUAGAUGGCUCAGAUGUAAGAAAAAGGAGCCCUAGCAAGGAUUUUCUGGAAGGACCUGAGGACUAAAUUAAAAGCCCCUUUUCCAUAGGAUAUUUUGAACUGUGUGAGCAGGAAGACUCUGAAAGCAUAUGAAAAUGUGCCACGUAAAAUGUAUAUAUCGCCCUCUGAUUUCUUAAGCCAUUUUGAAUGUCAGGUAGUAAAUGAAACAGAUCAGGUCAGAAGUUAGUUCCUUUGCAUUGUCUCAGCACAAGUGUGUCCCUGGUUUGUUCUUGCUACUGAAGUUAAAAGCUAGUCUUUGAACAUGUUGAAGUACGUUUACAUUCAGGCCUUUUAGACUGAAAUAAGCACGCGUCUGAAUUUGGAGUGUUGUCCAGAAAAGAGCUAUAAUGCUGUAUAAUAUUGUGCUAAUUUCUGUAUAUUUAUUUGCAAUAGCAAUACAUAGGGAUGUACAGAAUAUCAUUAAUUUAUGUUAUUACAUUGUUUCUUGCCUAUAUGUUUUGAAUGUGGCCGUGCCAACAGGAGCGACCACAUUAAAAUUCUUAAUGUGCUGAUGUCUUCCCUUUUUUUCCCUGGUGUGUGAGGAUGGAAAAUGUAUGCAGUAACACUUUUUCUUAAAAUGUAUAGAUGAAUAAGUAAAAUAAAAUACAGUCUGCAGAGUGGAAUGGAGUACACUGAGUGACGGAGUGGGUGUAUUACUGAUAAGUCUAUAUAGUUACAUACAAUCUACAGUACUGUGCAAGUUUUAGGCACCGGAAAAAACUCUCAAAAUCUAAUUAAUUAGGCAGUAAGCAUUUAUUUGCUCAGAAAGACACAGAUAUAAUAUAAAUAUAUAUGAUAGAAAUAAUCUAAAAAAUAUUAAUAAGCAGUACUUUUAUGUAUAUUGUGUAUAAUGUUUGUUGAGCCGUUUCUAAACCUCUCCUAAAGAACGAACGGUAUAAUUUGUAAUCAUUAUUCAAUGCCUACUUCAAUCAACUGAAGCUAAAGCAUAGCUUUAUUAAAGGGCCCAUAUCCUACAUUUUUGUUGUAUUUUAUGCUUUUCCUGAAGUCCACUAAUGACGUGUGGUUUUACAAGCUAAAACCAGUCAUAAUUAAUAUUUACAUGACAAUUUUUCAACCUCUCUUCAUCCUUUAUAAUUAAAUAGGUUUUUUUGUGACUGUGCCUUUUAAGACUUGCAUAUGUAAAUGGACUCUUAUUCUUGCUGUCUUGUAUUGUUUUUUAAUUACAAAAGCAGUCCAGAACAAACUUCAUAACUUAAGCAGAAUAAGCAGAGUUAAAACCAAUGUAUCUGCACAUUUACACCUAUUUAGCCUGCUAAAUAGGUGUAAAUAUGCAAAUACAUUGGUUUUCAAAAAAAUUCCAUAUCUUGACACUGCUUCCAUACUACAUCACACUUUUUUUUUUUUUUAAGUCAUAUUUGGUUUUAUAUGCCCUUUAAAUCACGUGAUGAUAAUGGAAAAUAAAAUAAAGAAAUGCAGUGAUUGGGGAGGAGAAGUCUGGAACCAAACCUGUAUUGUUCAAACUGCUAAUUCGAGUACUUUUUUAAAAAAGCAAUUGUUGCUUUUUACUGCAGAAAUUUUUGUUUGCAUUCAAUGUUGUAUGGGGUUUUAACUGGCAAAAACACACUUACUGCCAAAAUAAAUGGUUUUAAAGGGCUCAUAUCAUGGAAAAACGUGCUCACUUUUUGUGAUGUAGUGUGUAAACAUUGCUAAAGUAUUAAAACAUGCUGUUCACACCUGAGUCCAUAUAAGGAAACUACGAUGCAAAAACAACCCGUUUUGCAUUCAUUGUUUUUGUGAUGUAAUAAAAAGACCAAGCAUUACAUAUAUCCACCUAGUCGGUCUACAGCAGUUUAGCCCAGUAGUUCAUAAAUAAACUACUGAAUUCUUUUUGUAUUAAUAAGGCCAAGAGGAAGAAUACCUUUGCAACAGUUUGGAUACACACACAACAAUGUGAAUGUUUUGUGCACUACUGGGUUUUAUUUAAAAUAGUACCCUGCACACUGUACAAGGUGGUUUUUGCUGUGAAAAAAUUAAAUCACAAGUAUGUAUAAAAGGUACAGUUAAAACUACAUUCAUUUUCUGUAAGGUAAUAAAUAUGUUAAGGUUGUUACUUUUACAAAGAAAGCCAAUAAAUAUGUUUUUGCUCUUUCACAUGUGGAUCUUAAAGCACUUAAUGUUAUGCACCAUACACAAACCAUAUAAAAUAUCCUCAUACACUCAAUCACAUUUAGUUGCAUAGUUUCCUGUUACAUUAAGAAAUCAGCAUGUUCAUUCUGAAUAUGAAUGACAUUGACACAAGUGAGUGAAAAGGGGAAAUAUAAACUGACCAGUAUAUACUGUUACCAAUACUACAAGCAUUCUAAAAGUAUUUUUUACAUCAAAUAUGAUGUAAUUACUAAACUGCAACAUGUUAAAUGGUUAAAAGACAA